UGCGGCGUCGGAAACCAGUUCACCGUGAGAUCUCGAGCAAAUUGCAACACUAGAAAAGAAUUCCAAAGUAAUUCUAUUGCAAGAUCGAAAUGCAAGCAGUUAAAAAAGCAUGAAAUGAGUGACGCGCGUUAAAUAAAGAGUAGAGAAAAAUCUAACGCAUAGAAAUAUAAUUGAGCUUGCAAAAUAAAUAUUUGUAAUUGAAGUAAUGCUCAUUGUGCAUAAAUAAGAAGAAAAAAAAAACAUAUCAAAGCAACAACAAUAUAAAGAGAAAACUGGCAAAACCGGUUACUUGGUUGCUAAAGUGUACGCGACAACGGCAAUAAAUGUGACUUAUUGCUUGAAACAUAUAUGAAAUAAAUAUAAAAAUUGAAAAGAAAUUGCAAAAGCAAGCAACUGCAGAGUGCAUAGUGAGCAACUACAUGUAAAGUAGUUGCAAAGAAAAAAAUAAAUUGAAUUUGAAAAUUCAUAAAAAAUUGUGAAAAAAUCAGAAAGCAAAGAAAUUUCUGAAAACACUCAAAAAUUAGUGAGAAAAACAACAAAACCAAAAUCGAAACGGUGAAGUGACGUUAAACACACACAAAAAAGUAUAAGCAAAAAAAUUUAAUUUUUUUUUGCGCAAUUCUACUGUUUUUCUAACUGUAUAUGGAAACUAUGACUUCAACACUGCUGCAACAACACGCCACACAGACAGCAACAACCACAGCACAUCAUUAUCAGCACCGCAGCCAUAAUCAUCAUCAUCACCACCACCACAACCACCAGCAGCACCACCAUUUGCAUUCGCAUCACACGGCGACGACGACAACGACCACACAAGCCGCUGCCGCUGCCACUGUAGCCGCUGCCGCCAUGGCGUGGUCAACUGAGAAAUUACGGUUCUCCUGCGUGGAUAAUAUUGGCUUGCGGCAAUUGUGGAAAUUGAUUGCAUUGGAUAGCAGCAGCAGCAACAGUAGUAGCAGUAAAACGAGUAACAACAAUAACAACAACAACAACAGUAUAACAAUAAAUGGCGCUAAUAUUAACGAAUGCGCCGCAAUGCAACACAACCAGCGCAACAACAAUGUGGAUAAUGUACAACAAAUACAACAAAAGCGCAAUCAAGAAAAUUGCCUUAGCAACAAUAACAACAAUAAUAAUAAUGAGAAAAACGACUUUGAAAAUUAUAUGAACGACUAUUUAAGUCAACGUGAUAUACUACCGCCACAUCGCAUGUCAUUAUUGAAAUUUCUGGCCAUUAACGCAUUGGAAUUAAGCGCACCCGCAACGCCUGCGCUGCUGGAACACAAUCAAAACAAUCAGCAUUUUAACGCCAACGUUAAGCCGCCAGGUUGGAUGCAAUUGUCCGGGCACCCAGAAAGCAUUGUCCCCACUACAGCCGGCAUUGUGCGCAAACGCGUCGCCAGUCUGACCGACAAUGAGGUGCUCGCCUACAAACUACUCACACAAGAGCCACAAACCGCCAAAAUCGUGCCACAAUUUUACGGCGCACAGGCGGUGAAUGGCGAUAACUUCAUCGAAUUACAGGAUCUCUUGACUGGUUUCAAGGAUCCCUGUGUGAUGGAUAUUAAAAUGGGUUGUCGCACUUUUCUCGAAUCGGAAGUGACCAAUACGACAUUACGUCCGGAUUUGUAUAAGAAAAUGGUUGCUGUCGACCCAUUGGCGCCCACACCCGAAGAGGAGUCAGCGCAAGCUAUCACGAAACUACGUUAUAUGCUCUUCCGCGAAUCGAUGUCAUCAUCGCAGUCGAAAGGUUUUCGCAUCGAAGCAUUGCGCCUACGCGGACGUCCACCCGUUAAAGAUCUCAAGACAGUACGCAAUAGCGAUCAAAUUACACAAACCAUUGAACAGUUCCUGGGCGCAAAGCGUUCAGUGACAAAGGAGCUGAUCAAACGCUUGAAACAUAUGCGUAUGGUUAUGGAGAAAUCAGCAUUCUUUCAACGGCAUGAAGUGGUGGGCUCGAGCAUUUUCAUUGUUUACGAUGAUGAUAAGGUUGGCGCUUGGCUGAUCGACUUUGCCAAGUCGAGACCACUACCAGCGGGCGUAAAUGUGAAUCAUCGCUCCACAUGGAUACCCGGUAACUGUGAGGAGGGUCUACUCAAAGGCAUGGAUGAGCUGAUCAAUGCAUUCGAGAAUGUUUAUGCGAGUCAUGGCAGUCGGAAGUGCUUACAGAUAUAAGGAAUUAUGAAAUGCUAAAUGCAGCAGUGCUGCAUGCAAUUAGCGUAUAGCUGAAACUAAAUUAGCAUUGGUUGGUUAAGAAGCGUUGACGUUUCUUCUUUCAUAUUAACGGGGGGUGAAUAAUAUGAAAAUUUAAUUAAAUUCCUUAUUCGAGAAAACUAUCAAUUAUAUACGUUAAGUUUGUGUUUAUACUGCCUUAAGACUGAAUUUGCAUUGCGUGCAUUUAAACGUUAAACUUUCACACACAUUAACUAAAUCAUCACAAUUAUUUUAACGUAUAUUGUUGUUUAGCGCAUUAAUAUUUACUUUACUUGCUUACGUUUGUAUUUUCCAUAUUGGAAAAAGCCUUUAAAGUAAAUACAAAACAAAAAUCUCAUAAUCAUGUUCUAAAAUCAUUGACAUACAUAAAUACAUAUUAAAAAUAGAAUUUGUUACUAGAUAUGUACAUAUAAACCUUGUAAAAGUAUUUCUAAGUUGCUUAGCGCACAAGUUCAUCAAAAUUUUCAAACAUUGUAUAUACGAAAAAUAAAUCAUGUGAACAUUAUUUCUAAACUGAAAUUGAAACUAAAAAACAGGAAUUUUGCUUUAGUACACGAGUAUAAGCGAGUAGUAUGUA